AAGCAGCGGUCUUAAGAAAACUGCAAGGCUUUUUUUGAGAGUCGGCGCUACUUAUACUGAAGCUUGCCCCGCAGCCACCGUGAGAAGCAAAUCACACCCAUGCCUCUUACCAUCCUGACCGACGCGGACGUCCGCGCACUCCUCCAUUCCCUCACGAAGCAAGAUAUUCUAGACCUGCAACAGUCGCUUGCUGACGCGCUCCACUACUACUCCACUUCCACAGAGGACGACGGCAAUGGCUGUUGUUCCUCGUAUCAGCCCAUUCGGACUGCCCUCAAGCGGACCGAUGGACAGACGACGCUCCUCAUGCCAGCCAGCAGCAAUAACGGGGUGGGAGUGAAGAUAGUAACAUUGUCCGAACCAGUCAACAAAUCAUCGCCUGUAGCCUCCUUCGACGCGCUCUCGCUAUCUUCCGCACGCACAGCGUCCACGAGCUCUUCAACAACCGCCUUCGAUGUGCCCCCCGACUCGGUUGCCAGUAGCCAAAGCACUACCCCUCGAGGAUCUCUCACGCUGAUGGACAAGGAGGGCUCACCGCGGGCACUCAUAAAUGCCGAAGAAAUCACAGCCUUCCGCACAGCAUUAGCGUCGACCAUGCUGUUCAAGAAGCGGAAAAACGUCCACGACCUGACAGUAUUUGGGGCUGGCAAGCAGGCAUACUGGCACAUACGGCUGGCACUUCUACUCCGCGGCCCUGAAAUACACCACCUGAGCAUCAUCAACCGCAGCUUCGAUAGCGCGCACAGGCUCAUAGAGAAGCUAUAUAAGCCCUUCGACGAGCCUGUGGUAUUUCCAACUCUAACCGUCCCGACUGCCGAGAUUUCAGAUCUGUCACGGCCGAAGAUCGCCAUCAUAACGCCAUCGCACACCGAGUACGGCCGUCUUCUCAAAUCGACUAUCCGCGCUUCCUCUGCAAUCUUCUGCACUACGCCUUCACUCGAGCCGCUCUUCCCAGCAUCAUACCUGACGAGCACGGAGGGCCGCAAGAAGGGCAGGUAUAUUGCCGCCAUCGGGUCAUACAAACCGCACAUGGUGGAACUGCACCCUGAUAUCCUUCGUCAAGCCGUUGGACCACAGCAUAGUAACCACCACCAUAAACAUGCACAGCAAGGCGGGGCGAUCGUCGUAGACAGUGUCGAGGCUUGUCUAAAAGAGGCGGGCGAGAUUAUCCAGGCUGGGUUAGGUGGACGCGAGGUGGUCGAAAUUGGGGAGCUGCUGAUGCUGAAGCGCGAUGCGGACAGGAGACGGCAAGAGGCGCAACAGUCGACUGAUGAUCUUGAUAAGAGUGGUGUGGAGCUCGGGAGCGGUAAGAAGAGAAAAGGCGCGGAGGGGAAGGAACAUGCUGCGGGAAAAGGGUUAACGGAAUGGCUGCAGAGGGGCAAUGUCAUAUAUAAAAGCGUGGGGCUAGGCCUGAUGGAUGUGGUUGUCGGAGAAGAUCUCGUCAGACUGGCAGAUGAAAGAGGACUGGGAACUAGAAUCGAGAAUUUCUAAAUAUGUGUAGAGGAGUUGGAGGCAUUUUAAGUUCAAGGUUUGCCACAGGUAAGUUAACCGAACCGCCCCAAUU